AUUGAUUUCAUUUUUUAUUAUUCUUCUUCUUCUUCUUUGGAAGUGGUAAUGGACUCUGCAACCUUGGCGAUGAGAGCUUCUUCGGCCUGCUUCACCACAUUGUCGAACCCUAAAUCUUAUCCUUUGAGGACUUACGGUCAUAUAGAGGACAGGAUAUCAUUGUCGCGCAGGUCCCUGCGGCUUAAAUGUAUCCACAAUCCCAACCCCAGUCUCAUUUCUUCUUCUUCUUCUUCAUCAUCAUCGUCGUCGUCUCCUUUGAAAUCCAAUACCAAUAUCCAAAACCCUAGCUCUUCUGUCCCCUGUUCCGCUGUGGCCGAGGCUUCGUUGGGAACCACUGACCUUGCCAUCUACAAGCUUCAACGUCUUGUUUCCGAGUUCCAAUCGCUAUCGGAACCCAUUGAUCGCGUUAAACGCCUAUUACAUUACGCCACCCAUCUUCCUCCCUUUGAUGAAUCGCGGCGUGUCCCUUUGAAUCGAGUCAUGGGUUGCACCACCCAGGUAUGGUUGGAUGCCAGCUUGGAUGAUUAUGGUCGGAUGAGGUUUUUUGCCGAUAGUGAUUCAGAGAUCACUAAAGGCUUCUGCUCCUGUUUGGUUUGGAUUCUCGAUGGGGCAUUCCCGGACGAAGUACUGAGUGUGAAGACCGAAGACUUAGCCGCCCUCAAUGUUGGAUUGCUUGGUCGUGCUCAUUCGAGGGUGAAUACGUGGCAUAACGUAUUGAUCAGCAUGCAGAAGAGGACUAAAGCUCUUGUCGCCGAGAGGGUGGGUAAGCCUCCUCUUGAUCCUUUCCCAUCUCUGCUUAUCACCGCGGACGGUAUCCGGGCCAAAGGAAGCUAUGCUGAAGCUCAGGCUAAGUUUUUGCUCCCUGAUGAGGUAAAGGUUAAAGAACUCGUCAAUGUGCUGAAGGAGAAGAAAAUUGGUGUCGUUGCACAUUUUUACAUGGACCCGGAAGUCCAAGGCGUCUUAACUGCUGCACAAAGGCAGUGGCCUCACAUCCAUAUAUCUGAUUCAUUGGUUAUGGCAGAUACGGCUGUUAAGAUGGCUGAAGCUGGAUGUCAGUUUAUCACAGUGCUUGGAGUAGACUUCAUGUCAGAAAAUGUGCGUGCAAUCCUUGAUCAGGCUGGCUUUGGAAAGGUUGGUGUCUAUAGAAUGUCAAAUGAACGAAUUGGUUGCUCUUUGGCUGAUGCUGCAGCUAAUCCUGCGUAUAUGAGUUUUCUUAAGUCGGCAGCUGAAGUACCUCCUUCUUUGCAUGUUAUCUACAUCAACACCUCACUGGAGACAAAAGCUCAAGCCCACGAACUAGUGCCAACAAUAACCUGCACUUCAUCAAAUGUUGUGCAAACUAUUCUGCAGGCAUUUGCUCAAAUACCAAAUUUAAGUAUAUGGUAUGGCCCUGAUUCGUACAUGGGUGCAAACAUCACAGAAUUGUUUCAGCGGAUGGCUAGCAUGACAAAUGAAGAGAUCGCCGAGGUACAUCCAAAGCAUGACAGAAACUCCAUAAGAUCAUUGUUACCUCGCCUGCACUAUUACCAGGAUGGGACAUGCAUUGUUCAUGACCUUUUUGGACAUGAAAUCGUGGAGAAAAUACAGGAAAUGUACUGUGAUGCUUUCUUAACAGCUCAUUUUGAAGUCCCAGGGGAAAUGUUUUCCUUGGCAAUGGAAGCAAAGAGAAGAGGAAUGGGAGUGGUGGGCUCUACCCAAAAUAUAUUAGAUUUCAUCAAAUUAAGGGUCCAAGAAGCUUUGGACAGAAAUGUUGAUGACCACCUUCAAUUUGUAUUAGGAACAGAAUCAGGGAUGGUAACUUCAAUUGUUGCAGCAGUUCGCAAACUAUUAGGUUCUGUUGAGUCUCCUGGGAGAGCAAAACUUAACAUUGAGAUCAUCUUUCCAGUCUCAACAGACUCAUUGUCAAGAACUUCAAGGGAUUCACUACCGGGCCUCAAUGCUGCUGACAUGAGCAGCUUCUCUGAACUCUCAGUUAUUCCUGGAGUAGCUAGUGGAGAGGGGUGCUCCCUUCAUGGAGGCUGUGCCUCAUGUCCAUACAUGAAGAUGAAUUCUCUCACCUCACUAUUAAGAGUAUGCCACCACCUACCUGAUGAUAAAAAGGCAUUUACAAACUAUGAAGCUGGACGAUUCAAUUUAAGAACACCACAUGGGAAAUCAGUUGCAGAUGUCGGGUGUGAACCAAUUUUACACAUGAGACACUUCCAGGCAACAAGAGAAUUGCCAGAAAAGCUUGUCCAUCAGAUCGUACUUCCAUCUGGAAAUGGGAAGCUGCCAUCUUAACAGGUUACAAAUAAGCUGGGUUUUAUGACCCCAAAUGUUUCAGCUUCUUGUGUUUUCAAUUUCUGAUUACAUUCCAUGCACUGAAAGACAAGGUGCGCUGGCUGGGUCAUGAAGUUGAGCGGGUCUUGCCCAUCAAGCAGUAUUAAAUUACAACAAUAUUUCUUUUAUUCUUUAAUUCUCAAUAUAUUUGUUGCAACACAAGACCUCUAUGG